AUGCGACAAAAUACAGAUUUCAUUUUUGUUUUGUUUUGUUUUCAGUGGAUUUGUGCCCAUGCACGGUACUUCAGUGGAACGCAUUCGUCGACGUUCUCAUUUCGCAUCCACGAGGAUCGUGAAAUCCUUGGUUUCGAUCCUGAAAGCACUUUCAAUUGUUUGUGUCCAGAUGGAAAACCGGACUGUGAGCAACCGGCGAAGUGGAAGAUUGUCUACAGCAAAGAGGAAUUCGAGAAGAAUCUGUACGGUCUCUAG